ACGAUGACUGACUAUCAGUUCACCGACUCAGCCAGCUCCGGCAACGACUUUAUCAUGGGCCUCUUUGCCUUCUCCCGUCGAGAAUCGAGCCCCAGGCAUCCGACACCUCCUCGGAGCUCUGGGAUAUCAUAUCAGCCACAGAAGAUUGCAAUUAAUCACUUUUCAGCAAGAAUACUUUGUAAAAAAACAAAGAAAGGUAAAAGGAAAGUUGUAAUUCAAACAAAUCACAUUACUGUAUCACUUUGGAUGGGAAGACGAUUGGUUCAGGGUCUACUCUCUUAUUCGAAG